AUGGCCCCUUUGAUCAAAGUCGCCAUCGUGGGAGCAAGUGGCGAAACCGGACAGUCUAUUGUCAACGGGCUGCUAAGUUCUUCUGACGCGAACUUUGUAUGUGCAACUAAUUUUAUAAUAUACUCUCUUCAGAUCGCUUACAUUCAGCAGGAAAUCAAGGCUCUUACUCGACCAGAGUCCGUAAGCAAGCCUAUCAAUGAAGAUCUCAAAAGCCGGGGUGUAGAAAUCGUACCUGUCAAUUUGAGUGGCCCUCUGGAUAAACUUAUCGAGGUCCUCUCAGGUGUCGAUGUUGUCAUCUCCGCCAUUUUCUUUGGCAGCCUAGGGGACGAAAUACCUCUCGCAAAUGCCGCUAAGGCGGCAGGGGUGAAGCGGUUUGUCCAGUCGGCCUUUAUGGUUGUUAUACCCCCAAGAGGCGUUGUCGAUUUCCGUGAGAAGAAAGAAGAAAACUUCAACUACAUCCAGAAAAUACGUUUGCCGUACACGUACAUAGAUGCUGGCUGGUGGUAUCAAAUCACGCUUCCUCGUCUUCCUUCAGGACGCCUCGAUUAUCUCCUGCCAGCUAGCCAGCCUGAACAACCAAUUGGCCUGGACGGAACCGUACCAAGUGCACUGGCAGACAUCAGGGAUGUUGGACGUUAUGUUGCGAAGAUCAUUACUGAUCCGCGAGCCCUGAACAAGAAAGUGCAUGUGUACAAUGAGGUUCACACCCGAGACCAGGUUUACGACUUGCUCGAGAGUGUAAGCGGAGAAAAGCUCGACCGCCAAUAUAUAUCGGAAGCGGAUGCCAAAGGACGCAUUGAAAAGGCGCGUCUUGCACUCGAACAAAACCCGGCAGAUAGUUCAGCGUUUGGUAUGCUGUCAGUUUCUCAAUUAUUCUUUUCUUGGGGAAUUCGUGGCGACAAUACCCCGGAAUAUGCUGCAUAUCUGGGGUAUCUGAGCAGCAAGGACUUGUAUCCGGACUUUGAGUUUACGACGCUCAAGGACUAUAUGAUCGAGGCUAUUGGAGGCAAAGGAAAGGGGGUUUAUCAGGGAAGAUAG